AUGCCAAAAAGAAAGAAAUUUUCUCAAAAAGAGUCCAUCAUCAAGAAAACAAAACGAAAAGAAAAGUUUAAUUACAGAACAUCUUCUUACAUUAAAGAACGUGAGGCUAGAGUCGAGGAAAUAGAAAAUCUUAGACAAAGAUUUGAAGAAAAAAAGGCUAAGCAACAGCAUUAUAAUAAGGAAAGUUCAGAUGAAGAAGAAGAGGAUGACAACCCUUUGAACCAUCUUUUAAAAACGUUUGGAGAUAAGAUUGCUAAAGCCCCAUUAGCUAUUGACUCCGAAAGUUCAGAUAAUGACAGUGAAAAUGAAAAUGGGGAUAAUGAAGAAGAGGAAAUAAGUGAAGAAGAUGCAAGCAGCAAGGAAGAAGAUUUAGAAGAUAUAGAGGAUGACGACAUUGAAGAGGAUUUAGAAAGUGCAGAUGAUGACGAGUUUGAUGAUGAAGGAUCAGAAGAGGUUGAUAGCUUAAAUGAACAACAGAACAAAAGCAGUGAGGAUGAUACAAAGAAAUCUAAAAAAGUGAAGAAUAGUAAUGACGAAGCAAAAGAAAAAGUUAAACUCUUGAUGGCAGAAAAAGACGAGGAAGAUGAAGAAACUGCACAAGAGGAUGCUGGGGUCAUAAACGAUCCUUUUACUGUGCAUUUAAAAAACGAUUUUGAUAGUGAUAUGUACACAGCCUUAACAAAUUUACCUGCAAGUUUGAAAACAGAGCAAUUAUCUUGGCCAACGUUAGGUAAUGUUAUUUGUGAAAUACCUACAGUGGAUAAAAAAAUUGACGAGCCAGUGGACACAAAACCCAAAGCGUUACUUUUGGAUAAUGUUACUUAUGCAGAACAUGGUAAAGUACCCCAGCUGAUAAAACACGUUGACUGGGAUGAGUUGCAUGUAAAAUCAAUGAUCCAGAAAAACAUAUCCAAGGCAAAUUAUGGUAACAUAAAAGACUAUUUGGAUGUGGAUUCGAGUCCAUUAACUCCUUUCCAAAGAGAAUUAUUUUCUAUUAUAAACAAUUAUCAAGAUCUGCUCUAUACACAAAGAUCUUUUGACAAUGAAUCUCAGAUACGAUUGGUGUACUGUUUACAUACAAUCAAUCAUGUCUUAAAAACAAGAACCAAAGUGCUUCAUCACAAUGCAAAAAUACAAAAAUCAAAACUGCAGAGCCUUAGUGAUAUACCAGAUGAAUACAGAGAUCAAGGGCUUACGCGGCCAAAAGUUUUGAUCUUGGUACCUUUCAGACAUUCUUGUUUUAAAGUUGUAGAGUUACUGAUAUCCAUAUUCAUUGGUGAAGAUAGGGGAGGCUCUGUGAUAAACAAAAAAAGGUUCAUGGAAGACUUUGGUAGUGGAAAUGAGAUUAUAAUGCCCAAAAGAAACCCAAAGCCAGAAGAUUAUGAAAUGACAUUCAAAGGAAAUACAGAUGACACGUUCAAAAUUGGUAUCUCCAUUACCAAGAAAGCCUUAAAAUUAUAUUCAGAGUUUUAUUCGUCGGAUAUAAUUAUUUCAUCAGUUCUGGGACUGAGAAUGCUCAUCGGUGCCGAGGGAGAAGAAGAACGAGACUUUGAUUUUCUCGCGUCUAUAGAAUUACUGAUUCUCGACCAAACGGAAAUAUUUUAUAUGCAGAAUUGGGAUCACCUUCUGCACGUUUUUGACCAUCUGCAUUUACAGCUGAAAAAAUCCCGCGGAACGGACUUCAGCAGAGUCCGUAGUUGGAUCGUCAAUGGCUGGAGUAAAUACUACAGGCAGACGUUGAUUUUUUCUCAAAUCCAACUACCAGAAAUUCUUGGUAUCUUCAACAAAAGAUGCUUCAAUUAUGCCGGAAAAUUGAAGGUAGUGAAUCCAUUACCCGGUACGAUCAGCCAAGUGAUGGUUCAGAUUCCACAGGUGUUCAAUCGGUUCAAUGCAAAGGAUCACUUGACAGCGAUCGAGGCUCGCUUCGAUUUCUUCACCAAGAAGAUCCUACCCCAGUACCGUGAUAGCAUCAUGAAUCACACCCUCAUCUUCGUGCCUUCUUACCUCGAUUACGUCAAGCUUCGCAACUACUUCCGCAAAGAAGAAAUGAGCUUUGUACAAAUUUGCGAGUACACAAAGGAAGCCAAGAUAGCUCGUGCUCGGGACAUGUUCUUCCACAGUGACGUCCACUUCCUCCUGUACACCGAGAGAUUCCAUUUCUACCGCAGGAUCCGCGUCAAGGGCAUCCGGCACAUUAUAUUUUAUGCACCGCCAGCCUUUGCCCACCUGUACAGCGAGAUGUGCAACCUGAUGCAAGAAGGCUAUCAGAACCCCAAGUCCGGCUCCUCCAGCAAUAUGACCGUGACCAUGAUUUAUUGUAAGUACGAUAUGUUACCUCUAGCGAGUAUAGUAGGCACUGAAAGGGCAGGACAGAUGAUCAUGUCGGAUAAACACGUUCACAUGAUAAUGACUGGAGCGUGAGAGGCUCGGGAAAUGGGAUUUUCCAAGUGUAAUUAAUUGAUGGAUGUUCCGCAUCUGUUUGGAUGGUAAACAAUUUUUAUUUUUUAUAAUGUUGUACAAUGAAAACCGCACAUUAUCGCGUUUUUGUACGAUCUCUAGGAUAAUUUAACAUACGUUUGUAUAUAUAUUAUAAUAGUGUAAUAUACCGAUACUUUUACCAUA